UGUCAGAGAGCCACAAUGAUCAUGCACAAUAGCAGUUCAGCCUUGCCCCUGUUUUCAAAUGUGAGCUCCUUCUGGAAGAGAGAUUCCCAUGGACCAGGACUACUUGAUGAAGGAGCAUCGCUUAUUGGCAGCUAUGAUCUUCCUCAGACCACAGAGAGCUUUCCCUUCUCCACUGUGGAAUCAACAAACACAUCCCUAAAUGCCACAAUCAAAGACCCUCUGGGUGGACACACUGUCUGGCAAGUAGUUUUGAUUGCUUUCCUCACUGGGAUCAUUGCACUAGUGACCAUCAUAGGAAACAUCCUAGUGAUUGUCUCAUUUAAGGUUAACAAACAACUGAAAACAGUCAACAACUACUUCUUGUUGAGUCUUGCUUGUGCAGAUUUGAUCAUCGGUGUUAUUUCCAUGAAUCUUUUCACCACAUACAUCAUUAUGGGCCACUGGGCUUUGGGAAACUUGGCCUGUGAUCUUUGGCUCUCCAUUGACUAUGUUGCCUCUAAUGCCUCUGUCAUGAAUCUCCUUGUCAUAAGUUUUGACAGGUAUUUUUCCAUCACUAGGCCGCUUACAUACAGAGCCAAACGAACAACUAAAAGGGCUGGAGUAAUGAUUGGUUUAGCAUGGGUCAUCUCUUUUGUUCUUUGGGCCCCUGCCAUCUUGUUCUGGCAGUAUUUUGUUGGGAAGAGGACUGUGCCUCCUGAUGAAUGUUUCAUCCAGUUUCUAAGUGAACCUAUCAUCACUUUUGGCACUGCCAUAGCUGCCUUUUACUUGCCAGUCACCAUUAUGAGUAUUUUGUAUUGGAGGAUUUACAAGGAGACUGAGAAACGCACCAAAGAGUUAGCAGGACUACAGGCUUCGGGCAGUGAGGCAGAGACAGCACGCUUUGUACACCAGACUGGCAGCUCCCGGAGCUGCAGCAGCUAUGAGCUGCAACGGCAGAGCACAAAGCGCUCCAGCCGUAGGAAGUACAGGCGCUGCCACUUCUGGCUCACAAUGAAGAGCUGGGAACCCAACACAGACCAGGGGGAUCAAGAGCACAGCAGCAGUGACAGCUGGAACAACAAUGAUGCUGCUGCCUCCCUUGAAAAUUCAGCCUCAUCUGAUGAAGAGGACAUCACAGCAGAGACCAGAGCUAUCUAUUCAAUCGUUCUGAAGCUUCCUGGUCACAGUGCCAUCCUCAAUUCCACAAAGUUGCCCUCCUCGGAAGAUCUGAAUGAGUCAGCAGAUGAACUGCAGAAAUCUGACACGGACUCACAGGAAAAGAAACCUAAAAAACUGCAACCUCCCAAAAGCAUUCAGGAUGGUGGAAGUUUCCAGAAGAGUUUUUCAAAGCUUCCAAUUCAGCCAGGGUCAGCAGAGACAGCUACAGCUUCUGAUGGCAUCUCAUCAAUGACCAAGACAUCUGCAGCCCUGCCUUUGUCCUUCAAGGAAGCAACUCUGGCAAAAAAAUUUGCCUUGAAGACCAGAAGUCAAAUCACAAAGCGAAAACGAAUGUCACUUAUCAAAGAAAAGAAAGCGGCGCAGACACUCAGUGCCAUUUUGUUUGCCUUUAUCAUUACCUGGACUCCUUAUAACAUCAUGGUUCUGGUGAACACCUUUUGCAAUUGUGUCCCCAAAACUGUCUGGAACCUGGGGUACUGGCUUUGCUACAUCAACAGCACGGUGAACCCGGUGUGCUAUGCACUGUGUAACAAAAUGUUCAGAAAUACUUUCAAGAUGUUACUGCUGUGCCAGUGUGACAAACGAAAACGACGCAAACAGCAGUAUCAGCAAAGGCAAUCUGUCAUUUUUCAUAAGCGGAUCCCUAGGGAGGCUUCAUAGAAUAGUAUUUUUUAAACAACUGAAAAAAUAAUGGAGAAUGGGAUGGGACAGGAUUAGAUGGGUUUGGAAGGGAUGGGGUA